AUGAGGUUGAAGAAAUGUAUUGAUAGUGUCACGAGGAAUGAAGCCUCGAAGGAUAUCUUAGUACCCAUUGCUAAUGAUUUGAACAACGAUAAUCCUAAAGAGGUCAGCGUGGUCUCCAAAGGCUCGUCUAAGGGUUUUGGGGCGGAUUCCAUAUCUGUAGGGUCUGAUGCGAGAACUGUUGAUUCCUGUGAACUCACUGUCGAUGUGCCUUUCUUGCCACUGAAUGAAAAAGGUGUCAAGUCGUUGGACACUGAGUUGCACGAGACUAAGGAAACAUCAAUUGACAAAGAAGGGGGAGCUGAAGAAAAUAAACAAGAUAAUCCCAAUGAUUCUGGCAAUGAAUCUGAAAGAGACUCUGUAAAAGAGAACUCUAUCAAAGAAAAAUCAGGAACUCCUGAUGAUGAAGUCCCUGGUGUGCAACUGAAUGAAGAAGUUACAGAGUUAUUUGUUCUUGAGUUGUUUUCAACUGAGGAAACUUUGACCGGCAAAGAAGAUGGUGAAAAUGUGAACAUCUUACAUCCUUCAAGAAGAAUCACUAGAUACACUCUUAAAAAUGUGGUAAACUACAGUAAGGCCUCAAAUGGACAUCAUGUCUCAAAGAAGAGCCUUGAGGAAAAGCGUGUUUCUACAUCCCCCAAUGAAGGUUGUCUUAACAAAGAUUUUAGGUCACGCAGAUGUGACCUUCCAAAGGACAUCUUAGUACCCAUAGCUAAGGAUAUCGAUACUGCUGAUUCGUCAGGUGUCAACGUGGCUCUUACUGUAGAUCUCAAAAAGUCAUCUAAGAGGUCUGGAAGUUCAAAAAAUAGCUCGAAAGGUGGUAAGAAGACCAGGAUAAACAUGAAAAGUUCAAGACCAGCAAACUCUAGUUGUGGCUUUGAUAAUGGUAAGGCUAAUUCCCUGAAUGAGGCUUCAGCACCUACAUGCUCUGAUAUGAAGAGUCUUAGUCCUUCUGAGGUCAAUGCGGCUGUUCCAGGUAACAUCCCGUAUUCAACAUUGGUUCCUGCCAGAGGAUUCUUAAAAACAAAAGUUGGUUGCGAAAAGGGGAAAGGAAUGAAUUGCCAUUCUAUUUCUGGGUCCCAAGGCAGUAGUGUUAUACAACUUCCUGGUAAAGAUAAACUAAGACAUGAAUCUACUGCUAGUAUUAAAGAAAUUCUGCAGGAAUCAUUGUCAAAAGGGCCCCUUGCUGGGAGUCAUGGCAUCUUAGAUAUUGCGGGGAAUUACAUUGAUCAUACCAUGGAAGAUUCUCCUCGACAAGUAAAUCUCAAAACUAAUGCUACUUGCUUAUCUAAAAUGGAUAUAGACACUCAAAGUGCUGCAGCAAGAACCCGCAGUAGGUUUAAAAACAUAGAAGGAAAAGUCCAUAAGAAUACAAUGUGUGGGGAACACUUGAGUGGAGGUCGUGUCACAAGUCCUUCUAUCUGUAAAAUUGACGCCAUGGAGGAAACAGCGGAUUCAUCUAAAGGCAGAAGAACAAACAACAGAGGCAAAAUCUCAAGAAACAAGUCGAAGGUGGCCAAACCUACCAACAGAGGCAGAAGUGGUUUAGAUCAGCCAAAUGAUCGAUUUCAAGAGACUGUUCCUGGAAAAAGAAUGUGGAAAGAAGUAUCCCCACCGCGUACUGCUGGGAUUAACAGGAAGAUGCAAUAUUCAAAUACCCCAGAACAGUCUAGCCUAAGUCUCAAACGAUCGAGAUCUGGGAGACUACUUAUACCUCCACUGGAGUUUUGGCGGAAUGAGCUAGUAAUGUAUGAUAAGGAUCGUGAGAUAACUGGCAUUCAGGAAGGCACGCCUAAUGUUAUAGAUCAUCCUAUAGGUUCUAGGUCUGAGCCCCCGAAAACCAAAAGAAAGCUAGUGUACUCGUAGAUAUUCGAGUCAUUUUCUUGUCCAUCAAUGCAUAAGCAGCUCAAGUGUAUGAUGAUGAGUAGCAACACAAGAAAAAAGAAAGCUAUUGAAGUCUGGGCAGGGUUAUUUCUGUGGCACGCCUCACUUUUUGAUGGGAAGAGCUGAAAGUGAAUGUUUCUUUCACAUCGCUCUGUUUUAAUAGCCUUUCUCAUUUCAAUAAUCAUGUAAAUGUUAAGUAGUUUCUUCAGAUAUUACCAGCUAGUUUCAUGUCAUCAGUGUGCACUUGGUUGCCUUUUCUGUUUAGUUUUCAAACUUGUACUUGAUUCUUA